UGAUUCUGUAAUUUGAGAUGGCUUACGGUCUGGCUCGUUCCCGAGCUCAAUGGCAUCGAUGAAUGGCAGGGCGCGCUUCUUCAGCUCCAGGGCGGCGGCGAAGGUGUUCGUGCGGUUGUUGUGGCCACGGUUGAAACCAAUGGUGGCUUAGCAGUAACGGGCUACCCACUGAUGAGAUCGAAGAACUUGGGUCCAAACACC